GAACUCAUCACUCCACUACAUCAGUCACAAUUAACCAUCAAUGGUAAUUAGCAAAUUUCCGUCGGGCUAGAUCGUUCGCAUCUUACGAUUGGAUGUCGGAUGUAGAUUUGCAAGAACGAUUGGCACGACAUCGUGGUUUCGCAAUCAAAGCUCGUGAAGUGCUGUUAGAACCACCAGCCCCAUUUGCAGUUGUGAGCGAAAGCACUGGAAGUUUAUCGAAUGAAUCCAGUGGUCCAAAGUCACCUCAUCGUGGAUUUACAGCAAAAGCACGUGAAAUGCUUGUGGAAAGGCAAGCACAUGAUAGUCAUCAUGGCUCAAAAUCUUUCCGUGAAGCAAUACGAGCAGAUUUCGAUAUAUGUCACAAGCAACAAUCAUAUUCAAAACAUGCGACUUUGAAUGAACCGCCUGCGCAACAAGCAAACAUCGAUGCCUUUAUGCGUAACGGAAAGAAGGAGAUUUUGAUUCCACACUCUAAGUUAUCAAGAAUAAAAGCUCAUAAAUUGCUCGGUGAAAUUGGGAAAACACGAUCAGCUAACGAAAUUUUCUACGAUAAAUGUAUGAAACGAGUACGAAAUCCAUUAUUACGUUAUGAUUUGCAGGUUGUAAGUCCGUCGCAUGGAAGCCUCUCAACGAAAUGUUCAGAUCCACCACGAAGCAAUGCUUCUGAAGAAAUUAAAAUGAUGAGCUGUGUGACUUUUGAAAAGCUUCAAACAGAUGUCAAGGACAAAGAAGAAAAUACCGAAUGUCCGAAGUAAAAAACCAGUAAUGAUGGUACACAGCUGUUCGAAUUUUGGCCAAAUGUACAUCCCGGAGUUUGAAAAUUACUUUGCUUACUUUCAAUCAUGUGUCUGGUAAUUUCGAAAUCCAGUUAUUUUGUAUGAACUUAAAUUUUGAUAGGCAAAGGCUAUUACCC